UCCAUUGCUCCAUUUCCACCUUAAAUCGUCUUUUUUGAAGCCGGUUUUUUGUGCGCGUGGGACAUGAACAGCGUCGGGGAGGCCUGCACCGACCUGAAGCGGGAGUACGACCAGUGCUUCAAUCGCUGGUUCGCGGAGAAGUUUCUGAAGGGGGACCGGAACGGAGACCCGUGCACGGAGAGCUUCCGGCGGUACCAGCGCUGCGUGCAGAAGGCCAUCCGGGACAAAGACAUCCCGGUGGACGGAGUGGAGUUCAUGGGACCCAACAAGGACAAACCGGAGAGCUGAGGGACAAGGCACGUGCACCUGGUGGUUCAUUUACACCUGCAGGAAAGCUCUACCUGCUGAAGGUGACUGAGCAUGUGCAGAAGGGGGCCGGGGACGCUGCAGCGAGGAUGAAGAUCAAGAUCAAGAUCAAGAUCAGGAGGAAUGAGAAGGGACAGUGUGGUUGAAUUAAGGUGGAUUCAUGGUGUAAAGAUCCUGUCUGGACACAAACACUCUGCUUGGAACAAUAAUGUCUCAUAAAAAGUCAAAUUACCACCUUAAAAAAGUCCAAUUUCCACCUUAAGAUGUCUAAUUACCACUUUUUAAAUUCUUAAAAAGUGACAUCCUUUGUUAGAAAUGUACGAAUUUUAAGGUGGAUUCAUGGUUUAAAGAUCCUCUCUGGACACAAACACUC